AAUUAUCAGCGCGAUUUCGAGCCUUUUCUGUGCCAAUUUACAGUGUUAAUACUUGUUUGUUGUAGUAAGUGUGGUGGUGGUUAGUGAUCCUGAUCCCCCAGAUGAUCAACAGAUGUCUUCCUCACCUGAUAUACUCACGGACUCUUCCCAGGAGACGCGAAAGCGCCCUAGGGAUGAUGAACAAAGUUCAACACCAAAAGGUAAGCGUGUUAUUGUCGACCCCGACUUAGCAUCCGCAAGCAUACAAACCAUAUUCACGCACCCUAGUCUCGACGCCACCAAGGUGUACGACGACUCUGACCCCGGCCCAUUCAUCGUACAUGUCACCCAGGAAAGCUCUUCGGGAAGUACAGCUCCAGCUGCUUCAUCCCCGCUUAGGGCUAUCAAGUUCGGUCAAUUUUUGUACAAAAAUAAAAUUUCCGACAUCACAAGGGAUGGUGUCAAAAUGACAGGCCGCAACAGGGUCACUGUAGAAUUUAGGUCUGCGAAGGCAGCCAAUGAAUUUAUCAAGCAUCCUGCCCUGACUACAAACAAAUUUAAGGCUGUAAUUCCAACCUACCACAUCACCCGGAUGGGUGUUGCUAGGCGAGUACCACUUGAUCUCUCCAUGGAUGAGUUUGUAGGUUCCUUGGACCUCCCGGCUGGCUGUGGUAUUGUCCUAAAAGCCCGGAGAAUUAGCCGAAAAGUAGUUAACAAUGGAAAUACUUCCUACGUCCCCACUCAGACCAUUGUCAUCACCUUUAGAGGUCAACUUCUCCCAGAGAAAAUUUUCUCCUACCGUGCAGCGGUAGAAAUUGAAAGGUAUACUUACCCGACAAUUCAGUGCCAUGCUUGCUGCAGGUUUGGCCAUAUGAAGGCUAGUUGCCGGUCCAAGCCUCGCUGCUACAAGUGUGCCCAGCCACACUUGGGUGAGACUUGCGAUGCCGACCCUCCCACUUGCAUCUACUGUUCCGGAAGUCAUGCCUCCACUAGUAAAAAUUGUCCUGAGCAAGCCAGACAGAAAUCCAUUAAAGUCAUUAUGUCGCAGGACAGCAUCUCUUUCGCUGAAGCCGAUGCUCGACUUCCUAAGAGCAGAAAAUCAUUUGCUGAAGUUACUGCUUCACAACCUAUUGGCCCACCUGCAAACAAAUCAUACAAAAAGACUGUAUACACACAGCGUAGGCCUAGGUCUCCCCUCAGUCCUGGUUACGACAGACUUGCCCAUCAGGCACUUAUCUCUUCCCCAUCUUCCUCACUUCCUAAUGGAAGUGCCCUCAACUCUAUCACUUCUAUCACCCCUAAUGACAACUUAUUAGACAAUCUUCUUUCCUUAGUUGUUAGUCUGCUGGCUAAAUUCAGCGACACAAUACCGCCCCACGUUGCCCUAAAACUCAAGGAACUUACAUCCUUCACCCAGAAUGGCUCUGAACCCGAUCCGGGUCCUCCAGUGGAAUGCUCAGAGCCUUAAAAGUAAAUCACAUGAAUUACUCACUCUCAUUGACAAUAUCAAGCCCGUUGUCGUUGCCAUCUCGGAGUCAUGGCUAGCGCCAGGUUCUCGUUUCCGAGUUCCGGGCUACUCGUGUCUGCGGGAUGACAGGGAUGACGGGUUUGCUGGGUGCGCUUUACUUGUGAAGCGUUCCCUUAUCUUCUCCUCUAUCCCUACCCCCCCUCACGGACAGGAAUUUAAUGUUGUGGCUCUUAGGGCUUUAGACAUUACUUUCGUGUCCGUGUAUUUCCCUAAUCCUCAUCCCUCUCUGCUUCCAUCUUUUUAUAACAUCAUUUCUUCCCUCCCCCAACCUCUCCUGAUCAUGGGGGACUUUAACGCCCAUCAUACCUCAUGGGGUUCUUAUCACACCGACGCUUUUGCAAUCGCCCUCUUAGACAUGCUUGAUACCUUAGAUGUUUGUAUUUUAAAUGACGGCUCUCCUACCCGUCGAGUCCUUCCACGUCAGAACCCAAAAAGUGCUGUUGAUCUCACUUUUUCUUCUCCUCUUCUUUCAACAUCAAUAUUCUGGAGGGUCCUCCCAAAUACUUUUGGGAGUGAUCAUUUUCCAAUUUCUAUUACUAUACCUAACAGAACUAGCGUUCCUGCUGAUUCAUGUGCCUUCCCAAGAUACAUGAUAGGUAGGAAUGACUGGUCCACAUUCAUCACCUCUGUUGAAGAUAAACUUGAUCUGAUCCAACCCUGUUCCAGUGACAACUUUCUUGGUAACUAUGAACUAUUCGAAAAAGCUCUCACAUCCUCUGCUAAAAAUAAAAAAUCUCGUAAGGGCCUAAGAGUCUCACCACCUUGGUGGGAUUCUGACUGCACUUCGGCUAUUGAAGAUCGAAAAAACGCAGAGGAUGUUUAUCUAGCUAAUAUGAGCAUGGAAAAUUUCAUAAGUUACAAAAGAAUAGCCGCACGAACCAAACGGCUUCUUAAAAAGAAAAAGAAACAGGGUUGGAUCAGAUUUUGUGAAAAUCUUUCUCCUAGGUCUCCCUCCUCUCUGGUGUGGAGAUACAUUCGGCGAUAUCGCGGUUCCCUUAAUGUCGAAGAUAUCUUAUGCAACGAUCCCUCUCUAUGGCUAGAAGGGUUCAGCGAUAAACUGGCUCCACCUUAUGUCCCACACUCUAGUGCUCUCCGCCCCCCACCAGCUCCCUUACCAUCUUCAGACAGGUUGGAUUCUCCAUUCUCUAUGGAUGAACUUCAAUCUGCUUUAUCUGGCUUAACCGAUUCUUCUCCAGGUAUUGAUGGCAUUCCAUACUCUUUCCUUUCAAAAUCAAGCCUCAGGGUCAAGUGCUUCUACUUGGAGCUGAUAAACUACUUUCUUGAGUAUGGAGUUACUCCAUGCUCUUGGAGUAAGCAAAUAGUCGUUCCCAUAUUGAAGGCCGGAAAAGACCCCCGUGACCCUAACUCCCGACGUCCAAUCGCCCUCUCCUCUGCUUUGUCGAAAAUCUUGGAACACAUGAUUAAAUGCAGGCUGGAAUGGUUAGUUGAAAACAGAGGAAUCCUCGCCAAAACCCAGUUUGGUUUUAGGAAAGGUAUGAGCACCCUAGACAGUCUUGCAAUUCUUACUACAGAUAUUCACAUCGCAUUUAAGAGGAAAGAAUACCUUGUGGGUGUCUUUCUUGACAUAGCGUCUGCCUACGAUAACGUCCUUCUUCCUGUGCUCAGGCAGAAAAUGCGCCAGCUGAGCAUUCCAGUGAAGCUUACCCGUUUGGUUUGCAGCCUAUUCAUGGAGAGAUCCAUCUACAUAAAAUCCCCUUCGACCUUGGACUCCCCAAAAUUUGUAUGGAAAGGCCUUCCCCAGGGAUCGGUCUUAAGCCCCCUUCUUUACAGUCUUUAUACUUAUGAUCUUGAUAAAUCCGUUGACUGCUUUUGCGACAUUCUACAGUACGCCAACGACCUGGCUCUCUACUAUGCAUCUCCU